ACCAGGCUAGACUGUACUCACUACUGUACAGGCGAAGUUGAAGGCUAGGGCGCUCUAAAUCCCACAGCUCUGGGGCGAAACGGGAAAUUAUUUACUGAUGGAUAUAUUAGCUCGACAUAACUGUUUGUUGGAACCCAAACAAUAUAUUUUAGGAAAUCGGUUUAUUUUCUUCUUUUAAAAGGCCUUUUUUGGUCAGAGUCAAAUUGUUAGCUAGCUACUAGCCUAGGUUUUGCUUAGCUUGCGUACCUGAGUGCGAUACAACCUUGCACUACUAGAAGAGAUUUCCAUUGCGGGAGAACUGAAGAGCCAUAUUCUCAGGAUAUACGAAAUAUUUUAUCCGGAAUUUCUUUUUAUCGUGUAAAUAUUUUUGCAUUCACCGUGGUUCGUUAAUGCUGUAUUUGCCCGCUAGCCGGUUUACAGUAGAAGCUGUUCGCUGCUGCGACUCAAUGUAGCCACCUUGCUAAUGGACUAGCCAACUAUCAAAUGUCAGAAAUUUGUAUGACACUGGUUGGCCGUAUGCAUUUGACAUGAGACAAUCGAGGUUUCGCAUGUUAACAAUUUUUAAGUGAUUUGAUUUGAAAUCAUAGAUAACCAAUUUGAACAAGGUGAUGUGCUAAAACAACUAAAUUAACCAGAAAGAGCACACAAUCCUUCGUUAUAACGUGGUUUAACAUUUUUCCAAGACUAUUUUCUGAGCAAUCAACGCACAUCAUUGAACAAGCAAUCACGGACAGUGUGUUAGAAUGAGGCUGAACUGUCCUUAGAAUCGGAAGUCUCUUUUUGGACAUCAUUGAUCAUGUCGGUCUGGGCGGAUGAGCUUGUCUAGCCCAAAACGAAAAGGGGGCGAAAAAGACUAAAUCUUUUGGAGAAAGCGCCCGAUCCAAUCCACCUAAAGCAUCUCGCAGAUAUGGCAGUCUUGGGCCGAGUUUCGGCAUUGUGGCUCUAUGCCAUCCUUCUCCUCAGCCCAGUUGCUGCUGCCCAGAGCGAGGAGAGGGAGUGUGCCUUCAACGACCAGCAGCAGCAGUACGACGAGCAGCACGUGGGCGGGGCCGGGGCGGGAGAGUGGCGGGCGGCCAACACCACGGUCCGCUGCAGCAAAGGCUCCCGCUGCUACGGUCUGUGGGAGAAGAGCAGGGACGGAGACAUCCACCUGGUCAAGCAGGGCUGCUGGACGUUCAUCGGUGACCAGCAGGAGUGUCACGAGGACCGCUGCGUGGUGACCACCACGCCGUCGCAGAUCCAGAACGGCACCUACCGCUUCUGCUGCUGCAGCACCAACAUGUGUAACGUCAACUUCACCGAGGACUUCCCCCCUCCCAGCCCCACCAGCGCCCAGCCCCUCUACCCCCGGCCGCUGUACCACGAGGAGACGAUCGUCAUCGCCCUGGCCUCGGUUUCCAUAGUAGUCGUCCUCAUCGCAGCACUCUUCUUUGGCUACCGCAUGCUUACCGGGGACCGUAAGCAGGGGCUCCACAACAUGGACAUGAUGGAGGCGGCGGCGUCGGAGCCCUCUCUGGACCUAGACAGCCUGAAGCUGCUGGAGCUGAUUGGCCGAGGACGCUACGGCUCGGUGUACAAGGGUUCUCUGGACGAGCGUCCGGUGGCUGUGAAGCUGUUCACCUACGCCAACCGACAGAACUACGUCAACGAGCGCUCCAUCUACCGGGUCCCCCUGCUGGAGCACGACAACAUUGCACGCUUCAUCGUGGCCGACGAGAGGAUGACCACGGACGGGCGCAUGGAGUAUCUGCUGGUCAUGGAGUAUUACCCCCACGGGUCUCUGUGUCGCUACCUGAGCCUGCAGACAGGAGACUGGAUGAGCUGCUGUCGCCUGGCUCACUCGGUCACCAGGGGCGUGGCCUACCUGCACACGAGUGAGCCAGACAUCUACAAGCCGGCCGUGUCGCACAGGGACCUGAACAGCAGGAACGUUCUGGUGAAGAACGACGGGACGUGUGUGAUCAGCGACUUCGGCCUGUCCAUGAAGCUGACGGGGAACCGGCUGGUGAGGCCUGGAGAGGAGGAGAACGCAGCCAUCAGCGAGGUGGGUACUAUCCGCUACAUGGCCCCCGAGGUUCUGGAGGGGGCGGUGAACCUGAGGGACUGUGAGUCGGCCCUGAAGCAGGUGGACAUGUAUGCUGUGGGCCUUAUCUACUGGGAGACCUUUAUGCGCUGCACAGACCUCUUCCCGGGAGAGACAGUUCCAGAGUACCAGAUGGCGUUCCAGGCGGAGGCAGGAAACCAUCCCUCGUUUGAGGACAUGCAGGUCCUGGUGUCCAGAGAGAAACAGAGACCCAAAUUCCCUGAAGCCUGGAAGGAGAACAGCCUGGCGGUGCGCUCCCUGAAGGAGACCAUGGAGGACUGCUGGGACCAGGAUGCCGAGGCCCGCCUGACGGCCCAGUGUGCCGAGGAGCGCAUGGCCGAGCUGCUGAUGAUCUGGGACAGGAACAAGUCAGUCAGCCCCACCCUCAACCCCAUGAGCACCGCACUGCACAACGAGAGGAACAUCUCCAACAGUCGCCGGACCCCCAAGGUGGGCCCCGACUACUCCUCGUCCUCCUACAUCGAGGACCACGAGGGCGUGGUCAAGAACCUGCCCGGCGACGGCUCCACCUCCGGGACGUCCGUCAGCGUGGGCGCGGACGGGGUCGCGGGGGUCAGCGGCGGGGUCGCGCCGGAGAAGAACCGGAACUCCAUCAACUACGAGAGGCAGCAGGCUCAGCUGCAGGCUCAAGCCCGGCUGCCCAGCCCGGAGAGCAGCGGGGCCAGCCUCUCCACCACCGGCCUCACCCCCUCCACCAUCAUGACCACCAUCUCCGAGUCCGGACACUCAGAGGACACAGGUGGCGCUAUGACUUCAGGCAUGCCGGUAUGUCUGCAGCUGACAGAGGAAGACCUGGAGACCACCAAGCUGGACCCGAAAGAGGUGGACAAGAACCUGAAGGAGAGCUCUGAUGAGAACUUGAUGGAACACUCUCAGAAGCAGUUUAGCGCUCCAGACCCCCUGGCGCAGGGCAGCUCCAGCCUGCUCUACCCCCUCAUCAAGCUGGCCGCAGAGGUGACAGGCUCUGGGUCCCAGAGUGACUACGGGGCUGGGGCCAGCGGUCUGGGAGACCCCCCAGCCUCCAUGUACCCCCUGCCCAAGCAGCAGAACCUGCCCAAGCGCCCCACCAGCCUGCCCCUGCACGCCAAGGCCAAGGAAGCCGCCGCUUCCAGGCUCAAAUUCGGCAAGCACAAGUCCAACCUGCGCCAGGUGGAGACGGGCGUGGCCAAGAUGAACACGCUGACCAUCGCCCCGGCGGGCGAGCCUCACCUGGUCACCAUGAGCAACAACGCUCCGCCCCCAGGAGUACGCAGCGGGGCGGCGGUCGUGGUUGUCAACGGUUACGCCGGGGUGGCUGCCGGGCCGUAUGGGACGAGUAACCCGGCUGGGCCCCAGGCGGGGGAGAGGGGGGAGGGGGUGCUGCUGCAGAACCAGCUGAGCGGGGAUGACGGCCGACUGAACAUCAACAUCAACUCCAGCCCCGACGAACACGAGCCGCUGCUCCGCAGGGAACAGCCCGCCGCACGCGACCACCAGAGGCCAGCCAAUCAUCUGGCGGGACGCACCAACUCCAACAACAACAACAACAGCUACAACGAUGCUCAAGGACUCGGACUGGCUCUCCGAGGGGAGAACUACCAUCCACCAGCCCGAGCUAAGACCCUCGCCCCAGCCUCUGUCCCAGUCCCAGCACCAGCCUCUGCCCUAGCCUCAGUUUCUGCCCCUGUUCCAGCCUCUGCCUCAGCCCCAGCCUCUGCCCCAGCCCCAGUUUCUGCCCCUGUCCCAGCCUCUGCCCCAGCCUCUGCCCCAGUCCCAGCCUCUGCCCCAGCCUCUGCCCCAGUCCCAGCCUCUGCCCCAGCCCCAGUCCCAGCGCCCACCCUAACCUCAGUCCCAGUCUCUGUUCCUGCCUCAGUCCUCUCCCCAGCUGCAGCCCCAGAUCCAGAGGCCCAGGGCGAGGACCAGCUGAGGAAGCCUAAACCCAGGAGGCCUGAGAGGCCCAACUCCCUGGACCUGUCCGCCUCUUCUCUGGACAGCUCCUCAGGUGAUGGCUCGUCACAAGACGGUAAGAACGGGUCGGGUGAGAAGAUCAAACGCCGUGUGAAGACCCCGUACUCCCUGAAGAGAUUGCGCCCAGCCACCUGGGUCGUCUCCACGGAUACCCUGUUCGACUCAGAGGUCAACAACAAUAAAGGCUUGACCAAUCAGGGCCCAGCGAGCACCAGCCGCUCCAAAUCCAGCACAGCCGUGUUCCUGGUGGGUGGGGCUGGGAGCGCCACUGCUACGAUGACCUCUGACCCCCACAACAUGACCUGCCUGUGACCUUUAACCCACACCUGUGGAAGUGGCGAGAGGAGACUGUCAGCCACAGGUUCUUGAAGUUUCACGAGAUCUGGUUCAAAUUUAGUAAGAUUGGACGUGAUUGGACAAAAUGACUCUGCGAGAGAAGGAGUUGAGCACUUAAUAAGGUCAUGGUGUUGUCCUGAAUUUCUUCUGCUUUCUUUUUUUAUCUGAAGAAAUUUGCUUUAAAUACAGAACCCAGCUAUGCAGCGACAUCCACUUCAAAUGCUUCCAUAGUAUUUGUUGUGCCCCAUGGAUCAUUCUGUGAUGUUAUGUACGGCUGUGUGAAACAUUGUUUGUUUUGUUGCACUUUUAAGGCAAUCUUAAUCACCAAGUGAGGUCUGUCUCCUGUAACCAUGGUAUCUUGGUCUUGGUAACACAGAGGAGAGACAAUGAUUCUAACAAUCAGUAACUGCUCCCAUGGAUACGAGUGUGUGUCCAUAUAAAACUAGGCUGACAAUGACAGAGGCAGUGGUCUUUAAGACAGGGUAGGUUUCACUGCUAAAUGGGCGACUCGUUUUAACAUCUAUACCCUUAUGUUUCAUAUUUUUAAAUGUGCAAUAGGCUUUAGCUUUGAGGUGCUUUUUAAUCUAUUUUGAAUUGUAUUCUUAUGUUUUAUUUUUCCAGCAACCAUUUUUGUUAUGACUUUGUAAACAGUGCACUUAUUAAGAGUUUGUAGUUUGUAGAGUCGGAUCAACCACCAUUGAAUGAGCUACAGAAAAAUACUUAGAUGACAAUCUUUUACCUUCCCACCAAUCCCAUCCCAAUCGGAGAAGGAAAAGCUACCAAUCAAAUCUAGAGAAUGGGUCUGGACCAGGGCUUGUGGUUUGGUUUUGUACAGCAGAAACUGUUGCACUCUGAAGCAACCUGAAGCAUGGGAUUUCAUUCUGUUACAAAACUAUAAAUCUUAGACAGUUUACCUAAAAUAAAAUAAAUAUAAUCUUUCCUGAGCAGUAAACUGGCCAUUUAAAUAGGGACUCGCACCAGAAACCCUCAUGGGAAGAAUCCUGAACGCAAGACAAUACUGUACUGUCCGGCUUGCACCCUCGUUUGGUGAAAAUGUCAAUCCCUGCCUUCAGACGAGAAAGAGGGUUAGUUACAGUGUGUAAUUCCGUGAGCUGUAAUACAUGCGUGUGUUUUUCCUGUAGGUCUUCUUUCCUGUGUGCAUCAUUAUGGCAUCAUACUCUCUCUCUCUAAAGAGGGGGAACUGUACAGGUCAGCCGACCAAUAGGAGACCUUCUAUCUGAUGCCCUGUUAUAAGCUAUGAAUUAUAUUGUCAACAACAAAGUAAAUUAUACAUAAGUACAAACUACUCUCUUAUUGUACACACCUGAAAUAUAAUGAAUCUUAACUGUAGAUGGACACAUCAGUAAGCUCAUAGCAUUUCUUUUUAAGUGAUUUUGUUGGAAACUUUCAGUUUCUCAAGUUUGCUUUUUACAAUAGUUCUGUUUAGUCUGUCAGGUCAGCGGCUGGAGUCUGAAUGAACUCAACGUCCACUCUUUGAUGCCUCUUGCCAUGAAACGUUUCUGUGCAGUAUGUUCUCAAUGUUUGGCCUCUGUUUGAUUUAGGGUUGUAUCUCAAUUCCUUCAGAGCAAACCUGGUAAAUCUAGGCCUCUUUUUGAACAUCUUUUCAAAAUGGUAUAGAACCUCCUCAUGUUCUAUACCCAAAUACUCUAUAUCUGAAUAUCGGGCUGCCAAGCUACCAUACAAACUAUACACGUAACGCUAAUGGGGAUAGUCACAACAAGUUUUGAAGCAAUGAUGAACAUUUUGAAAAGAUCAACAUUUUAGGUUUAUGGCUGGAAGUGAUUAUUGGUAUGUUGAACGAGUCCAAGUUGACCAAGAUAGACUAAAACAGAUUCAAGGGAGGUUGUGUCAUUUCACCAUACCUGUAUCUAUGUCCCUUAGUGGAGCACUGGGCUUGCCUGACUCUACUGUGUGUAUGUAUGUAUAAUAGCGUCUCCCUAAGUGUAAAUACUCCUGUAUAUAGUCCUGUUAAUGCUAUAUAUACAUAUUGCUCAACUGUUGCUAUGGGACCAACAAUAAUGCUACAGUACUAUGAAAUCUGGUCGUCAGUUAACUGUAGUCUGUGUGACUGUAUAUACGGUAGUCAUCAUCACGCAUGCAGACACUCAUGUUAGGGGUCAUGAAUGAAUCCUACCUUGAAAGGACAAGAAAGGUUUAUUAGAAGCUGGUUUUACAAAAUGGCGGGUGGACUCGAUUUGACUAGGAGAUAGUCAAAGGGAAUCAAAACUGGCCCAAAUAAAUCUGAUCAAUACCAUGCUGAACAAUACAUUCUUGCGUUCUAGAUAUUGACACUUUUAAACUUUGACUCUUUAAAAAAUUUACUUU